GCGUCGCGGCCAGCGCGUUUCGCGCCCCCACGCUCGCAAUACCUAACCGAAAUACAAAACAAACAUCAACAAAACAAAAAGGCAGACUGGAGAAGAAACGACGACAAUAAUUAGUUUUAAGGUCAAAACAACGUGUUCCGAAGAGCAAACACAGUGAUAUAAUCCAAUAUACGAUGUUGCAAGGCGGAGUGAAAGUGAGUUACGGACCGACAGUCCGCAGCGAGCGCCGGUGCCCUCCGCGAGUGAGAAAAGUUGCAAAUUAAAGAGUGAAAUUAAAAAAGUGACCGAGGAGGUUGAGAAAGAGGUUUUGGGGGUUGAAGGUUGUAUAUUAUUAUAUUGUGGAAGGGCGCGCAGAGCCGUCCAAUGGGGUCGAAGGAGACGCCCCCUCGUUCGCUCGCUGGCGCGGCGGUCGCGAUCCUGAUUCUGCAUGCCGGUACAGUCCUAUGCCGGCGUCCAGAGCCGUACUACGGCCGGCUUAUAGGCAAGCUGACGCAGUAUGCCCACGGCAUCCGCGGCCAAGUGUUCGCCGUGGAUGAGCACACAGUGUUCGUGAAAGGGUUCGCUUAUGACGGCACCGGACCCGAUGCGUACUUCUGGGUGGGGGAUACGCCUCAACCCUCGCCUGAGGGCACGCUGGUGCCGUAUCCUGAGGAUUACACUACGAGGGACCCCCCGAUCCUGACGGCGCACAGCAACUCGGACAUCCUUCUGAGGCUGCCGGGGGGCAAGCGCCUGAGAGACAUCAAGUGGAUCAGCGUGUGGUGCCGGAGGUUUACUGUUAACUUCGGCGACGUGUUCAUACCACCCGGCCUAGAUCCACCCAGGCCGCGGGUGCUGCCAGAGUUCAAGCGACUGGCCCACGGCCUACGCUCCGGAAACAUCAGUGUGCUGGACGCCAAGACUUUCUACAUUCCCAACCUGCACUACGAUGGUGCUGGUCCCGACGCGUAUUUCUGGGUCGGGAACGGCACCGAGCCCAGUCCUUUUGGGACUAAAGUCCCCAACGAGAUGGGGUCUCUCCACCCGCUCCGAGGGUACCAAGGCGAGGACAUAGAGAUCCAGCUGCCUGGCAAGCUGACGGCUUAUGACGUGGACUGGCUGGCGGUUUGGUGCGUGGAGUACCGGCACAACUUCGGGCAUGUGUAUAUACCGAAGGACUUGGACGUGCCACCUGCAUUGGGGCAGACGAAGAUCACUCCUGCUUGGUGGUAUAACCCCACGAGCUCAACGACCUCCCAGACCCCUUACAGCGCUGCUAAUAACUGUAAGGAGAUCCUGGAUAAGAGGCUGCAAAUCCGGUGGGAGAUCCAGGGCGAGCAUGUCCAGAUAACUCUGGCAGCGAGACUGCGCAAGGACCAGUACAUGGCCUUCGGCAUCUCAGGAGCUGAAGGCAAGCCGGCCAUGUUGGGGGCUGACGUAGUCGUCGCCUUUUGGAACUCCAAGACCAACAAGCCGGAGGCAGUGGACUACACGAUAUCGCACCUGGCGCAGUGCGACGGCAGCCAAGGCGUCUGCCCUGACGCCAGGGUGGGCGGCUCCAACGAUGCUGUCUUAGUGUCAGGGAACCAAAAGAGCGGCGUCACCACGAUCACGUACCGCCGGCCACUCGCCGCCAAAGACUAUGCCAAGGACAAGGAAGUGAUGACCACGCGCUCCCAGUCCGUCAUCGCUGCCUUCGGGCCGCUGAAUACCAGGUCUGAGGCGAAUGCGCACUCCUUCAUGGACACCACGAGGAUCGAUGUGCAGCUCGACUUUGGGGCUAUGAACGACAACACGUGCAUCGGCCUGGCCGAGAUCGCACCGGAUGGCCCGCCGGCGUGGCCGGCGCGCGUCAUCGCCGGCGCUUCCAACUUCUCCGCGCGUAUCGGGCCCACCGGCGGCGUUAGGGGGUACACGCCUCUUACUGGUCACCCAUCGUGGGGCAUCGCGUGGUACAUCAACGACCAGCUGAUCCCCGAGAUCUACGUGGAGAGAGGCAAGACUUACACAUUCAUCGUCGAAGGAGGUGACGACAGGACUAACCCUGCCAAAUUUCACCCGUUCUACAUCAGCGACUCCUCAGAAGGCGGCUUCGGCCAGAAGAAGGAGGAAGAGCGCAGGAAGCAGCGCGUGUUUGCGGGGGUUGCCUAUGACAACGAGGGGUAUCCCUACCCUACGGCUGUGGGCAGAUACUGCGAGUGGACGCACAAAACCAUCGACCAGUCUGCAGUGACGGAGACCUUCGAGGACUACAUGAAGACCCUGCAGUUGGAGUGCAAUGAUGGCGAGCCAGCCGUGCUCAACUGGACCGUGGCCCAUGAGACACCGGACUUGGUCUACUACCAGUGCUACACUCACAACAAUCUAGGCUGGAAGAUCCACGUAGUCGAUCCAGGCACAAAAGUUCCUUUCCCGGGAGAUCAGCGGGCACAAAUCAACAUGGCGCCCCGUCCCGCGCCGGCGCAACUGACAGCUGUCACCUCUGCAAUCGCCAUCGGAAUGAUCAACAUGGCCGCCAGAUAAGGCAAAGAUAUACACGCGAGCUUGGGGCCUUGAGUACUGAGUUACUGGCUCGAUGGGAAGACGUGUUAGAUUUUUAGAGGUAUUGAAAAAACAAUAUAAAUAUUCG